ACGAAGGCGUCAACAAACCUUUUAGCUGCUGAUGCACAGUUGACUCUUGACUGAACCAGAAAGAUGGUUGAAGGUCCGGGUUGCACAUUAAACGGAGAGAAAAUCCGUUCGAAAGUCAAGAAAGGACAGAAGCUGAAAGAGCUCAGAGGCACUUUGAUAACAUCAAACAAAAACUCCUCUGAGACAAAUGCCUUCCGCUGUUUUCAUGGCUCUCAGUACACCCAUGUCGAAACCCUGGGCAAGGAACUUUUCAUGUACUUCGGUCCAAAAGCUUUAAGAGUCCACUUUGGUAUGAAUGGAUCGAUGCGUAUAAACCCUGCUGAGAAGAGGGAUAGAACGGGCUCCGCUCCAGUCUUGGAAAUACACCUCACCAACGACAUUGUGUGCUUCUUUGACAGCACUGUAGAAAUAAGGUUAACGGAGGACUGCGAGCAGAGAAUGAGGGCCAUGGAGUGUCUGGAUGUGUGCUCCGCUAAGUUCAGCUUCUGCCGUUCUGAGGAGGCGGUGAGGAGCCAAAGUGGCAGGAUGCUUUGUGACGUUCUCCUAGACCAAGCCGUCAUGCCGGGAGUCGGCAACAUCAUUAAAAACGAAGCCCUGUUUGACUCUGGCCUCCAUCCAGCCGUGAAGGUUCAGCAGCUGACAGACGAGCACAUCCACCACUUGGUGAAGAUGACUCGUGAUUUCACUCUUUUGUUUUACAAGUGUCGCAAAUCUGGCUCUCCUCUCUACAAACAUUACAAAGUCUACAAGCGUCCCCAGUGCAGCCAGUGCUUUAAUGCCAUCACAGUCUGUCGUCUUGGAGACAACGGCAGGAUGACUUACCUCUGUGAGCGCUGUCAGAAGGGAGAUCCUAGCAGGGUUGACAUCAGUAAGCUCCCCCUCAGAAACAGUUUGAUCGGUUGGACCUACAACGAGAGAAGCAAUGAUAAUGUGGGUAAGAAGGAGGAAGAGGACUGGGCCUGUCAACUCUGCACGCUCAUCAACCAGCCAGCAGCAAAAGCCUGUGAUGCCUGUCUUACUCCAAGACCAGAGGUCCACAAAGAUGACAUUAGCGCUGAAGCAUCACCCUUCACCGCUGAUUUGAUUAAAUACCCCUGCACCGCUUUCAAGAAACCACAAGAGGAGCUCAAAGUCAACUGGAGGUCUGCAUUCGGGACUUCCACCCUUGUUUUCUCUGACUUGAGCAAGAAGCCAAAGCCUGUAAACUUCCCGCUCUCCCCAGUCGGCAGUCAUUUGAAUUCCUUGGCGGCAGGAGGAGGUUUAUAUAAAUACAGCGUCUGCCAAGGGACAACAAGCCCCAAUUAUGCCUCUGGUGGCUGGCAGAAGCAAAGUGUCGAGCUCUCCAAUGGGGAAUCACUGGCCUCCUACAGUCACCCAUCCAAGAAAAUGAGAAUUGAUCACAGUCCCUUUCCCAGUAACAAUGCUCAAAAUGGAGCCCCCAACUCAGGUACGCACAAAAUGGAUUCGACAAGCCGUGCAGCUUCCAUUUCUUCCAGUCCCAGCGCUCCUUGUUGUGCAUCCCAUUGUCGCCCAGCUGUAGUCAGAGUGGUCCGCAAGGAGGGGGAGAAUAAGGGACGGCAAUUCUACUCCUGCUCGCUACCAAGAGAGACCAAGUGCAACUUCUUUGAGUGGGCAGACUUGCACUUUCCUCUUUGUCACCAUGGGAAACGCUGUUUAAUGAGGACCGUUCUAAAACUGGGGCCCAACAAUGGUCGGAAUUUCUACACUUGCAGCUUUGCAAAGGGUAAACAAUGUGAGUUUUUCCAGUGGGCAGAGAAUGGACCAGGGGUUUCCAUCCUCCCUGGCUGCUAAUGUGUUUAUAAAAUGCAAUUACUUCUAAGUAAAACUUCUACAUUUCCAGAGAUAAACUUAUAUGAAAAGUUAAUGGAUAAUACAAUAUUCCCAGCACAAAAUACACCCAUUUCUGACAACUGUACAUUCCAUGAGGAAAAUCCAUUAAAUGUAUGACCUUCAGAUCAUACCAAACACUUUGCUUGAAAAA